AUACCACCACCACCAUUACCACCAUUACCACCACUACUACCAACUACUACCAACUACUAUUAUCACUAAACCACUAUUACUUUACCACUUACUUGCCACUGCUUUACCACUAACGCUAUUACCCAUUACCCAACUAUUCACUGCCACAUCUGACAACACGUUUUGUUUGCUGUCCCGUGCUUGUGAACCAUUAUCUCGACAUUCAAGACCGCGUUUUAAUACAACCAAUCCCUAGACGAAGAUAGAACGGGCGAAUUUACCUUGAUAUUCUCUGCCGUCUACGACGAGCGACUUUGCCAAAAUGUCGGGCAACAGAAACUACGAUUUCUUAAUCAAACUCCUUCUAAUCGGCGAUUCCGGUGUCGGUAAAUCAUGCUGCCUGCUGCGAUUUAGCGAAGACUCUUUCACGCCGUCCUUCAUCACGACCAUCGGGAUUGACUUCAAGAUUCGUACGAUCGAACUAGAUGGCAAGCGAGUAAAGCUACAGAUCUGGGAUACGGCUGGUCAAGAGCGAUUCCGGACCAUCACGACGGCUUAUUAUCGCGGCGCGAUGGGCAUCCUCUUGGUUUAUGAUGUUACGGAUCAAAGAUCCUUCGAGAAUAUUCGAACCUGGUUUGCUAACGUCGAGCAACAUGCCACUGAGGGCGUCAACAAGAUCCUCGUUGGCAACAAAUGUGACUGGGAAGAGAAGCGAGUUGUAUCGACGGAACAGGGCGAGGCAUUGGCUAAGGAGCUGGGUAUUCCUUUCCUCGAGGUUUCCGCCAAGAGCAACAUAAACAUCGACAAGGCAUUCUACAGCUUAGCCGCCGACAUCAAGAAGCGCAUCAUCGACACUUCCAAGGCCGAGCCUACACAAUCAACCGGCGUCAACGUCGCGCAGGGAGAUGGUAAUGGCGGGCUAGGAAAAUGCUGCUAAAGAACGAGCGAGAAGUAAUGGAGGAGUAGGGAGAGGGCAGCUCAGAAAGAGUUGCGGGCGAGGCGCAAUGUUGAGCUAAGCCACGAGGCUGGCAGAUUUCAUGUUAUCAAGCGAGUUAACUACCGUAGACCGAGGAUAUGAUUUAUGGAACCCAAAGAAUCCCCAAGGGAACGAAGAAUAAGGAGGUGGUGUACUGCCUGGGAAAGGGGGGGGUUUAAGUGAAUGAGGA